CCCUUAUGCGGUUACCCGAUCAUAAGCCUAUAAAGAAAUCCCAAAAUACUACACUUGCACAAAGAGUAUUAGGAUUUAGGAAGCGAAGAAGAUGAGCAAGCAAGGGGAAGGGAAGAAAGUGUGUGUUACCGGAGCUUCUGGUUUUAUUGCUUCAUGGCUUGUUAAACUCUUGCUUGACCGUGGCUACACUGUCAAGGCCUCCGUUCGUGACCUCGAUGACAAAAAGAAAACGGAGCACUUGCUUGCACUUGAUGGAGCCAAGGAAAGGCUUCAUUUGUUUCAAGCAGACUUGAUGAAACCUGGUUCAUUUGAUGCGGUUGUUGAAGGAUGCGAUGGUGUUUUUCAUACCGCAUCUCCCUUCUUUAUUCAUACUGCUAACCCUCAGGUAGAGCUAAUUGAUCCCGCAGUGAAGGGGACACUGAAUGUUUUGAGUUCUUGUUCUAAGGUUCCAUUGAUCCGAAGGGUGGUUUUGACUUCAUCUGUAGUUGCCCUUAUGUAUAGUGGUUCUCCAUUGACACCGGAAGUUGUAGUUGAUGAAAACUGGUUUUCCGAUGAAGGAUUUUGUAAGGAAACAAAGCUGUGGUAUCCGCUUUCAAAGACUUUGGCUGAAGAAGCUGCAUGGAAAUAUGUGAAAGAGAAUGGCAUGGACAUGGUUACCAUAAACCCUGCAAUGGUCGUCGGAUCUCUCUUGCAGCCAACUCUUAACACAAGUGUCGCCGUUAUUUUCAGAUUGAUAAAUGCACCAACAUACCCGAAUAUCACCCUUGGGUGCGUUCACGUCAAAGAUGUGGCGAUCGCACAUAUUUUGGCAUUCGAAACGCCUUCUGCAAGUGGAAGAUACUGCAUGGCUGAGAGCGUUGUCCAUAUUUCAGAACUGGUACAGAUGCUACGCAAGCUUUAUCCUUCGUUCAAGCUCCCUGACAAGUGUGCAGAUGAUACUCCAUUUGUGAAGUAUCAGUUUUCCAGAGAAAAAGCAAGAAGCUUGGGUAUUAACUAUACACCUCUUGAGGAAGGCAUUAAAGAGACCAUUGAGAGCUUAAAGGAGAAGAAAUUUCUAUAACCAAUCUGGGAACAUGACAAGCUAAUCGCAACUAUGCAAGUACUGUAUCAAGCUAAGUCAUCGUACUUCUAGAUAACUUAAAUAAGACCAUCAAUUUGUGUUUCUUCUCUUUAUUUUUCUUGUUUUGAUUGGAUUUCUAUAACCAACAAAGCACAAUUUAAUCAUCUAUAAUUUAUUGAAGUUUAUAAAACUUUAUGAAAUGACACAUAAAAGUUAUAUGUUUUAUAAAACUUUACCUUUUAAAUUCUAA